UUUCCGCGGCGGCCACCCGGCUGUUCCUUUGUGGUGGUAGCUGUCCUUUUGUGGGAGUUCGGUCGGCUAGCUAGCGUAUCUAUCGGUCGGUUGGUCUAUCAGUCCGCCCCGGGGGCCUGUUUGUCGGCCGCGCUCCGCGUCCGCUGGCUUUGGGUGGCUGAGCCCCAGGCCUGCCUGGCCCUGCGCGUGGUGUCGGGGAGGAGUGUGACGGGCUGCGUGGGGAACAGUGAUGAUGGGGCGUGAGCGCAGCCUGGGUUGAGGUGUUUCUGCUGCGUCUGCCUGGCCCGGACCUACAUGGGGCGCAGGGCCAAUGUGAUCGUGCAGCCGGGAGUGCGUGCGCGACCCCUCUGGGCUCCCCUGCAGGCCUCUGUCCCUGAACCCCAGGAGCAAGACUCGCUCCUCUGGGCCUGGCCUGGGGCCCAGGAGGCUGCAUAGCUGCCCACACCUCCGGGGGACGCUGCCGAGUGCCACCAUGGAGACUCCUGCCCCGAAACCCCAGGAGACAGCUCUGUUCUCUCAGGACCCUGCUCUUCCCCUCAAAGAGAAUCCAGAGGAUAAAUUGGGUCAGGGUCUCCUGGAAGCCAGGUCUGAGGAAUCAGUGACUUUCAAGGAUGUGGCCGUGGACUUUACCCAGGAAGAGUGGGGCCAGCUGGACUCCCCUCAGAGAGCCCUGUACCGGGACGUAAUGCUGGAGAACUAUCAGAACCUUCUCGCCCUGGCAGGACCUCUGGUCUGCAAGCCAGACGUGAUCUCCCAUCUGGAAAGGGGCGAGGAGCCAUGGCAGGUGCCCAGAAAAGUCCCCGGAGGGACUCGUCCAGAACGGGAGCCUAGGCCUGAGAUGAAGGAGCAGUUGUGUCAACAGCAGGGCAUCUACAAAGAGGAGCCGUCACAGGAGUUAGUCAGAGAGUGGCUGGCGAGGUCCAGUCCCCACAGCCCUGGGCCAGGCGACAGGUGGGCCUGGAAGGGCCCGGCGGCUGCCCUGUCAAAAGGCGAGGCUGUGCUCUGGAGGCACGCGCCCACUGGCUACAGGGACAUUUCCACAGAGGAGCGCUGGCAGGGACACGAGGUGUCUGAGGAGGCUUUUCCCCUCAGGUGCACCCUCUUCACCCAGCAGGGUGAAGGAACUCUCAUUCCUGCAGAGGAAGAGUCUCCUGACAGACACACCGAGAAUUUCUACCCCAGUGAGGCUGGAACGCAGCAGCAGAGAAUGUACUCAGGGAGAAACAAUUGCAAGUCAAGUGAACAUGGAAAAGCUCCACCCGCGAGCCGGCGUCAGGGCACGGGCGCUGGUGCUGGGGAGGGUCUUUUCGUGUGCGGAGAAUGUGGGAAAGCCUUCCACCAGAGCUCGUCCCUCACCUUGCACCAGCGAUGGCACGCGCGGGAGAAAGCCUACAGGUGUAACGAGUGCGGCAAGGCCUUCACCUGGAGCACCAACCUCAUCGAGCACCAGCGGAUCCACACAGGGGAGAAGCCCUUCCUCUGCGGCGAGUGUGGGAAAGCCUUCAGCUGUCACUCAUCACUGAACGUGCAUCACAGGAUUCACACCGGCGAGAGGCCCUACAAGUGUAAUGCCUGCGAGAAGGCCUUCAGCUGCAGCUCGCUGCUGAACAUGCACCUCAGGGUUCACACCGGGGAGAAGCCCUACAAAUGCGGCGAGUGCGGGAAGGCCUUCAACCAGAGGACGCACCUGACGCGCCACCACAGGAUCCACACGGGAGAGAAGCCGUACAAGUGUGACGCGUGCGGGAAGGCCUUCACGUGCCACUCGUCCCUCACUGUGCAUGAGAAAAUCCAUAACGGAGAUAAGCCGUUUAAAUGCAGCGACUGUGCGAAGGCCUUCAAUAACCGUUCACGCCUCACCCUCCACCAGAGGAUUCACACGGGAGAGAAGCCCUUCAAGUGUGGUGACUGUGGGAAGGGCUUCAGCUGCCACUCCUACCUGGUCGUGCACCAGCGGAUCCACAGCGGGGAGAAGCCCUUCAAGUGCAAUGAGUGUGGGAAGGCCUUCAGCUCCCACUCCUACCUCAUCGUGCACCAGCGGAUCCACACGGGGGAGAAGCCCUUUGACUGCAGCCGGUGCUGGAAGGCCUUCAGCUGCCACUCGUCCCUCAUCGUGCACCAAAUAAACCCUGAGAGUGGAGUGAGCAGCGGAGAUGACUAA